AUGGCGGCACCUAGCGCAUCGUUAUACCUUGCUCCUAGCGUGCCGUCGUCAUUAAACACUGGUCAGCCGAUGACCAACCACAGUAUGCACGGACCUCCUGGUCAGCAGUACGCUCACCGGGACAUGCCGGAGAUGAAGUACAUUCCAUCGCAACAUCACCAGAACGGACACAACCCGCACCUGGGUCAGCACCACAACCCCUGGUUAAAUGCGGGUGGUCACGCCGACGGUGGACACUGGUCAAACAUGGGCGGACACCUGCAUCAUCAAGAAAUGAAAAUGAGCAAUAAUAUGGAAGGUCACGGCGGCACGUUGCAUCACCGGCCCCAAGCGCAUCACCAGAUGCAGGUUGGUGCUCACAAUUGGCAGAUGACCAGUCUGCAGAACCUGUCUCCCCUUCAAACUGCACCUCAUCCCAUGCAACACCAGGGCUAUGUCAGUAUGAACGGAAUGAUGUCACCAACACAUCAGAUGCACCACGUUUUAAGAGACCCAGACCAUGAUCUUGAUCCGCAUCCUCCAUCCGACGAAGACGCCCCAACAUCUGAUGACCUAGAAGCCUUCGCAAAACAGUUUAAACAACGUAGAAUCAAACUAGGUUUCACUCAGGCCGACGUGGGGCUAGCCCUGGGAACACUCUACGGCAACGUCUUCAGUCAAACAACCAUCUGCCGUUUCGAAGCGUUACAGCUGAGUUUUAAAAACAUGUGCAAACUCAAGCCUUUGCUACAGAAGUGGUUGGAAGAAGCUGACUCCACCACCGGCUCGCCAACUAAUAUAGACAAAAUCGCAGCGCAAGGGAGAAAACGAAAGAAAAGAACAAGUAUUGAAGUGACUGUAAAGGGGGCAUUAGAAAGCCAUUUUAUGAAAUGUCCCAAACCUUCUGCGCCAGAGAUCACUCACUUGGCGGAUCAGCUGCAACUGGAGAAGGAGGUGGUCAGGGUUUGGUUCUGCAACAGGCGACAAAAGGAAAAGAGAAUGACGCCGCCAGGAAAUAUCGGGCCUAACGGAGAGAUUAUCAUGUCGGAAGGCAACGAUGACGGGUCGUCGGUGAACGAUGAAAGCCCACUCCAUGACUCCUGCAGCCCCAUACACAGCAGCGGUGGUGGAGGAGGAUCCCCGGUUAUGCCUAACUACAGCAGUUCCUUAACACCUCAUUCCUUGAGCAACCAUUCAGGUUCUUCGCCCAUGUCUCAGGUUUCCUCCUUGCUCUCAUACUCCAUGGGCGGCCAUCCGCACCUCCCGCACCAUCCCGUGUCUCACUCACCUCCACCGCACGUGCCGCACCACUACCAACUCCAGCCUCAACAUCAGCCUCUCGGAAUAAAACACUCGCCGUCGCCGCACUGA